AUGGAAAACAAUAAUGUGUCUUUAGUUGAAGAUACUCAUCAUAAGUCACCGUCCAUUCAACAGACGACCAGAACGUCUCACACCACCUCUGAACUUGUGCACACACAAGCGGUGAAUCUUUCCAUGCCGCCCGGCGGGCCGACUCAUCCCCUUGGUUCCAUUAUACACCCAACACCUACUUCGACACCACUCCCUCUACCCUCUACGCAACAGUUACAAGUAAAUGUUCAGCAACCAAUAACGUUUGUAUUUGAACGGUUUUGUUCUGGUGUACCAACGCCGCUUUCCAUGCACACUCCGCUUCCAUCGCCGAAGCCAGUUGUCCGUCCAAACGAAGACGCGACAGUUGAUGCAAUGGAUACCAGACCACAGCGAGCCCUUCUAACCAUAAAUACGACCCAAAGGAAUGACCCUGUUAAAAAAAAUAGAAAAAAACGAAAGCAUCAAUCAUAUAGAACACCCUUGGAUUCUCCAAUUUCCUUGAACCGGGACGAGGAUUCAAAGUCAGAUUCAGAUUAUGGUGACAACUUGUUGACCGAGUACGCUACCAGAAGUGAGGCAUGUUCGGAUUACGAUAUGGAAGAAUCAUCAGCUAUAUCGCCUGUAGAUGGGUUAAAGAGGCUGCUGAUGCAAUUUACAGCUAUGUCACCUGUGCGACUUGAGUCUAUAUUACCAGUUCUUUUGGACAAUGACAUAGACGACCCCGACAUCCUUCUCCUGAUCGAGAAUGAACAAUUUCUUCGCGAUCUUCGCGGCAAAAAUGGUUCUGAAAUUAGCAGGGGUAACUGCCUAUUACUCUGGCAUGGUAUCCAGGAACAUCGGAAUGCAUCUACCGUUCAUACACCAAAAUCUUUUUCCUCAUGCUCUUCAACCUCUUCUUACUCCCCACCACCUUCAUCCCGAAACAGUUCUGACCUUGUUUCAUCACUUACUCCGCAAAAGGCCAAAAGGCCUAAGUUAGAUGUUGCAAGAGAAGAGCAUAAUGAUAAUUUGAACUCUUCUUUACAAGAUCGCUAUCAUCAUAACAACCGUUUCAGUAAUAAACAACGAGUAAAAGCUCCUAAGCUAAGCAUGUCCACGAUAGAAGAGGUUCACACUCGAGUGGAUUGUGUGCUGUCCGUUGUAAAUUCUGAAAAUGAGCGUCGGAAACAAAUUGCUCUUUCCCGUAACAUUAAUGCGAAACCAACAGUCAAAUUUGAAGACUUUGUGGCCGAACUUAAACAAGCACAUAAAAUCCCUGUGGCCUUUGGUACUUUACGCGACAUGAGAUUUGCAUACAUGCUUAAAAAGCUAGAUAAACAUCUAUAUGAUGAAACACUAGCAACAAAUCGAAGCAAUGUGACAGAAUUUUACAGAAGCUGUCAGGAAGUAUGCGAAGAGAAUUUCAAAGAUGAAGAGUUGGAAGCAGCUUUGCCUUGGUUGGACCUCAAAGCGAAAAUGUACUAUAAGCAGUACUAA